AACCAAGCGAAGGAGUAUAAAUCAUAACCAUUGCUUUUGGGGGCUGGAUUUCAGCAAUAGACUGGAGGAUUAUUGAAGAAAAUCACCGAUGCUGCAGCAGUUGUUGCUCCGGAGUGUUUCUAAGAGGAAACCAUCGUCUCCAGCAUACCCCCUUCAGUGGAAUCACUUAGACACUUCCAGCUGGUGGCAGGGGAUACAGCCAUAAUACCGCUUUCUCUGUCCCAGCUGCCUUUCUCAUUAUGUUAAAUGCAUUGGGAUGGCUGCACUCUUUUUCAAGGCUCAGGUAUGGGAAGGUACAGGAAGGGAUCUGCUAGCAUGAAAUCCUGUAGCAUCUGCCAGUUUCAUCGACACCCUUGAAUCCUGACUGCUUUCCUGGCUCUGACCAAAGGGUUUCUUCCAGGCAUUGCUUAGAAGGGCUGCUUAAAGGUGCCUGAGGAUAUCACCUUCUAUAUACCAGGAAGGAUUUUUUUUUUUUUGAAAGGGGUGUCCUUAAUGCAGCAUGGCCCAUGCAGCAUCGCAGCUCAAGAAAAACAGAGAUUUAGAACUUAACCCUGAAGAAGAAAAUGAGAAAAAGAGGAAACACAGGAAAAGAUCCAAGGAUCGGAAGAAAAAGUCUGACACCAAUGCAAGUUAUCUACGAGCUGCCCGAGCAGGCAACUUAGAAAAGGCUCUUGAUUAUUUAAAAAGUGGAGUGGACAUCAACAUUUGCAAUCAGAAUGGGUUGAACGCUCUCCAUCUCGCCUCCAAAGAAGGCCAUGUAGAAGUUGUUUCAGAACUGAUACAGAGAGGUGCCAAUGUGGACGCAGCAACAAAGAAAGGAAAUACAGCUUUGCACAUAGCAUCUCUGGCAGGGCAGACUGAAGUGGUGAAAGUGCUGGUUACGAAUGGGGCCAAUGUCAAUGCACAGUCUCAGAAUGGGUUUACACCAUUGUAUAUGGCAGCCCAAGAAAAUCACCUGGAAGUGGUUAAAUUUCUUCUUGACAAUGGAGCAAGUCAAAGCCUUGCCACAGAGGAUGGCUUCACACCGUUAGCAGUGGCUCUUCAGCAGGGCCAUGACCAGGUGGUUUCCUUGUUACUUGAAAAUGACACGAAGGGGAAAGUUCGGCUUCCAGCGCUCCACAUUGCUGCACGCAAGGAUGAUACCAAGGCUGCUGCACUCCUACUGCAGAAUGACCACAAUGCUGAUGUGGAGUCCAAGAUGAUGGUGAAUAGAACAACCGAGAGUGGCUUUACUCCCCUCCACAUAGCUGCCCACUAUGGGAAUAUCAAUGUAGCUACAUUGCUUUUAAAUCGGGGUGCUGCUGUGGACUUCACUGCAAGGAAUGACAUCACUCCAUUGCAUGUAGCAUCGAAGAGGGGGAACACCAACAUGGUUAAGCUGCUUCUUGAUAGAGGGGCAAAAAUUGAUGCCAAAACAAGGGACGGGCUGACACCUCUCCACUGUGGGGCACGAAGUGGCCAUGAACAAGUUGUACGUAUGCUACUUGAUCGAGGAGCUCCUAUUCUUUCCAAAACAAAGAAUGGCUUAUCUCCAUUGCACAUGGCAACACAGGGGGACCACCUCAACUGUGUUCAGCUCCUGAUUGAGCACAAUGUGCCUGUGGAUGAUGUCACAAAUGACUAUCUGACAGCUCUGCACGUUGCUGCCCACUGUGGUCAUUACAAAGUUGCAAAGGUUUUAUUGGACAAGAAAGCUAAUCCUAAUGCCAAAGCACUGAAUGGUUUUACACCUCUCCAUAUUGCCUGCAAAAAGAAUAGAAUUAAAGUGAUGGAACUUUUGCUGAAACAUGGAGCAUCUAUCCAAGCUGUCACAGAGUCGGGUUUGACUCCAAUUCAUGUUGCUGCCUUUAUGGGACAUGUAAAUAUUGUUUCACAAUUGAUGCAUCAUGGAGCAUCACCCAACACAACCAAUGUGAGGGGAGAGACAGCACUUCAUAUGGCUGCCAGAGCUGGCCAGUCAGAAGUUGUUCGAUACUUAGUCCAGAAUGGAGCUCAGGUAGAAGCUAAAGCCAAGGAUGACCAAACACCACUGCAUAUUUCUGCACGACUGGGCAAAGCUGAUAUAGUUCAGCAGCUGUUACAGCAAGGAGCUUCUCCAAACGCCGCCACGACAUCAGGAUAUACACCUUUACACCUUUCAGCACGUGAAGGACAUGAAGAUGUAGCAUCAGUCCUUUUGGACCAUGGAGCAUCUUUAUGUAUCACUACUAAGAAAGGGUUUACUCCUCUACACGUGGCAGCCAAGUAUGGCAAAAUUGAAGUAGCCAACCUCCUGCUUCAGAAGAAUGCAUCUCCAGAUGCUGCUGGAAAGAGUGGUUUAACUCCACUGCAUGUUGCGGCACAUUAUGAUAAUCAGAAAGUGGCACUUCUGCUCUUGGACCAGGGAGCCUCACCUCACGCCUCUGCAAAGAAUGGCUACACGCCACUGCACAUAGCUGCCAAGAAGAACCAGAUGGAUAUUGCAACUACAUUGUUGGAGUAUGGUGCUGAUGCGAAUGCUGUGACCAGACAAGGCAUUGCUCCAGUGCAUCUUGCCUCACAGGAGGGCCAUGUGGACAUGGUAUCUUUACUUCUCACAAGGAAUGCCAAUGUGAAUUUGAGCAACAAGAGUGGGCUGACUCCGCUCCACCUGGCUGCCCAAGAAGACCGCGUCAAGGUGGCUGAGGUCCUUGUCAACCAAGGUGCUGUCGUGGAUGCGCACACCAAGAUGGGAUAUACACCAUUACAUGUUGGCUGCCACUAUGGGAACAUAAAGAUAGUUAAUUUCCUCUUGCAGCAAUUUGCAAAGGUUAACGCCAAAACAAAGAAUGGUUACACUCCUCUGCAUCAAGCAGCUCAACAGGGGCACACCCAUAUAAUCAAUGUCUUGCUCCAGAAUGGUGCAUCACCCAACGAACUCACUGUGAAUGGGAACACUGCCCUUGCCAUUGCAAAACGACUUGGUUACAUUUCAGUGGUUGAUACACUAAAGGUAGUGACAGAAGAGACCAUGACAACAAUUACUGUUACAGAAAAGCAUAAAAUGAACGUACCAGAAACAAUGAAUGAAGUUUUGGACAUGUCUGAUGAUGAGGUUCGUAAAGCGAAUGCCCCUGAAAUUCUCAGUGAUGGUGAAUAUAUUUCAGAUGGUGAAGAAGGUGAAGAUGCAAUGACAGGAGAUACAGACAAAUACCUUGGGCCACAGGAUCUAAAAGAACUGGGAGAUGAUUCUCUGCCUGCAGAAGGCUACAUGGGCUUCAGCCUAGGAGCCCGAUCUGCCAGUCCUAAGGUCAGUUCGGAUAGGUCUUACACUUUGAACAGAAGUUCCUAUGCCCGGGACAGCAUGAUGAUUGAAGAACUGCUGGUGCCAUCAAAGGAUCCGCAUCUGACGUUUCCUAGAGAAUUCGACUCUGACUCUCUCAGACAUUACAGCUGGGCUGCAGAUACCUUGGACAAUGUUAACCUUGUCUCCAGCCCAAUACAUUCUGGUUUUCUGGUUAGUUUUAUGGUUGAUGCACGUGGCGGUUCAAUGAGGGGCAGCCGUCACCAUGGCAUGAGGAUCAUUAUUCCACCGCGUAAAUGCACAGCGCCCACCCGCAUCACUUGCCGUUUGGUAAAGAGGCACAAACUGGCCAGCCCUCCGCCAAUGGUUGAAGGAGAAGGAUUGGCUAGUAGACUAGUAGAAAUGGGGCCUUCAGGUGCACAGUUCUUAGGCCCCGUCAUUGUGGAAAUCCCUCAUUUUGGAUCAAUGCGAGGAAAGGAAAGAGAACUGAUUGUGCUUCGAAGUGAAAAUGGAGAAACUUGGAAAGAACAUCAGUAUGACAGCAGGCAUGAAAAUCUCACAGAAAUACUCAAUGGCAUGAAUGAAGAAUUGGAUAGUGCUGAAGAACUUGAGAAGAAGCGUAUCUGCAGAAUUAUUACAAAGGACUUCCCUCAGUACUUUGCAGUGGUUUCACGAAUUAAGCAAGAAAGCAACCAGAUUGGGCCAGAGGGUGGCAUCCUAAGCAGCACAACUGUGCCUCGUGUCCAAGCAUCUUUCCCUGAAGGAGCAUUAACGAAACGAAUACGAGUAGGCCUUCAGGCUCAACCAGUUCCAGAUGAAACAGUCAAGAAAAUCCUUGGCAACAAAGCAACCUUCAGCCCCAUUGUCACUGUGGAACCAAGAAGAAGAAAAUUCCAUAAACCAAUCACCAUGACAAUUCCAGUGCCACCCCCAUCAGGGGAAGGGAUAACCAACGGAUACAAAGGCGACACAACACCCAGCCUUCGACUACUGUGUAGUAUUACAGGAGGUACUUCACCAGCUCAGUGGGAAGAUAUCACAGGAACCACACCACUGACCUUUGUAAACGAUUGUGUCUCUUUUACAACCAACGUUUCAGCCAGAUUCUGGCUAGCAGACUGCCAUCAGGUUCUCGAAACUGUUGGGUUGGCCACACAGCUUUAUAGGGAAUUAAUAUGUGUUCCAUAUAUGGCCAAGUUUGUAAUUUUUGCCAAAAUGAAUGAUGCUGUGGAAUCCAAUUUGCGUUGCUUCUGCAUGACGGAUGAUAAAGUUGACAAAACUUUGGAGCAGCAGGAGAAUUUUGAAGAAGUUGCACGAAGCAAAGAUAUUGAGGUUUUGGAAGGAAAGCCAAUCUAUGUGGAUUGCUAUGGGAAUCUAGCCCCUUUGACAAAAGGAGGACAGCAACUUGUAUUUAAUUUUUAUGCUUUCAAAGAAAACAGACUGCCAUUUUCUAUAAAGAUUAGAGACACCAGCCAAGAACCUUGUGGUCGCUUAUCAUUUUUGAAAGAACCAAAGACUACAAAGGGUCUGCCACAGACAGCUGUUUGCAACUUGAACAUCACUCUGCCAGCACACAAAAAGGAAACAGAGUCAGAUCAAGAGGAUGAGACGGAGAAAACGGACCGGCGCCAGAACUUUGUAUCCCUUGCUUUACGUAAGCGCUACAGCUAUCUGACUGAGCCUGGAAUGAAAACAGUUGAACGAAGUGCAGGAGCAGCAAGAUCCCUACCUACUACCUAUUCAUACAAGCCAUUCUUUUCAGCAAGACCCUAUCAGUCAUGGACAACAGCACCAAUUACUGUGCCUGGGCAAACCAAAUCAGGCUUCACUUCCCUAUCAAGCUCUUCCUCUAACACUCCAACAGCUUCCCCAUUAAAAUCAAUAUGGUCUGUUUCUUCUGCUUCACCAAUCAAAUCCACAUUAGGAGCCUCCACUACAUCUUCAAUUAAAUCUGUUAGUGAUGUAGCUUCUCCAAUUAGAUCAUUUCGGACAAUCUCCUCACCAAUAAAAACCGUGGUUUCGCAGUCUCCAUACAAUAUCCAAGUCUCUUCUGGUUCUUUCGUCAGAGCUCCCACAGUCACAGAAGCCACUAGUUUGAAAGGGCUGGCAUCCGCUUCUGCAUUCCCCUCUCGGACAUCUCCAGUGACUACAGCUGGGUCUCUUUUGGAGAGAUCAUCCAUUACCAUGACGCCUCCAGCAUCUCCCAAAUCGAACAUUAACAUGUAUUCUUCAAGUUUGCCAUUUAAAUCAAUCAUCACAUCAGCAUCACCGCUUUUAUCUUCACCUUUAAAAUCUGUGGUGUCUCCUGCUAAGUCAGCAGUUGAUGCUCUUUCAUCAUCUAAAGUCACGAUGGCUUCAUCCCUCACAUCCCCUGCGAAACACACAGUUGGGCAUACAGAGGUAGCAAUGGUUAACGGAUCCAUGUCACCUUUGAAAUAUCCAUCCCCUGCCAGUUUAAUCAAUGGAUCCAAAGCCACUGCCGCAUUUCAAGACAAGAUUACUGCAGCAGCCAGUUCUGCAAGUUGUGCUGUUAACGCAGCCACUGAUGCCGUUGAGAAAAUGUUUCCAACCACUACUGCAAUGCCAUUUUCUCCACUCAGGUCACAUGUGUCUUCAACUCCAUCAGCCUUUCAGUCAAUAAGAACUCCUUCUGCAGGUGUACUGUACACAUCUCUUGGGUCAAUAUCAGCAACUACCUCGUCAGUAACUUCAUCAACAAUCACAGUGCCAGUAUAUUCUGUAGUCAAUGUUUUGUCUGAACCAGCACUAAAGAAGCUCCCAGAAUCAUCUUCCCUUACAAAAUCGGCAGCUGCAUUGCUAUCGCCUAUUAAAACAUUGACUACAGAGACACGCACACAGCCUCACUUUAAUCGAACCUCAUCUCCUGUAAAAUCAUCCUUGUUUUUAGCACCCUCUGCUCUUAAGUUGUCUACACCAUCUUCUUUAUCUUCUAGUCAGGAGAUAUUAAAAGAUGUGGCUGACAUGAAAGAGGACCUAAUAAGAAUGACAGCAAUAUUGCAGACAGAUGUAAUGGAGGACAAGGCAUUCCAGCCAGAGUUAACAAAAGAGGGUAGAAUAGAUGAUGAAGAACCUUUUAAACUUGUUGAGAAAGUUAAAGAGGACCUAGUAAAAGUUAGUGAGAUACUGAAAAAAGAUGUGUGUUUAGAAAAUAAAGCAUCAACCAAGCUAUCCAAAAGUGAUAAAGGACACUCAUCUGAGGAUGAAUGGGUAGAGUUCAGUGCAGAUGAGAUUGAUGAAGCAAGACGGCAAGGCAUGACAUGUCCUCCUAUAUCUAUUCCUGAAAAGGUGCAGAUUAAAGCAAAGGCUGUAUCUGAAAAGGAUUAUAACUUGACUAAAGUCAUUGAUUAUUUGACAAACGAUAUUGGUAGCAGUUCACUGGCGAGUUUAAAGUACAAAUUUGAAGAAGGAAAAAGAGAAGGUGAAGAAAGACAAAAAAGAGUUUUAAAGCCAGCCAUUGCAUUGCAAGAACAUAAACUUAAAAUGCCUCCAGCCUCCAUGAGGCCUUCUACUUCAGAAAAGGAGUUGUGUAAAAUUGCAGAUUCCUUUUUUGGAACUGAUACCAUUUUGGAAUCUCCAGAUGACUUUUCCCAACAUGACCAAGACAAAAGUCCUUUAUCUGACAGUGGCUUUGAGACAAGAAGUGAGAAAACUCCUUCAGCCCCACAAAGCGCAGAGAGCACAGGACCCAAACCACUUUUCCAUGAUGUACCCAUUCCUCCUGUCAUUACAGAGACAAGAACUGAGGUGGUUCAUGUUAUUCGUAGCUAUGAGCCUUCACCAGAAGAGGUUCCUGAACCACAAGCAGAAGAGCCACCGCCAACAAAAAUAGCACCCACUUUUAUGGAGUUGGAAGCCCGACCAAAUGGAGGUUCUAUCAAAGAGAAAAUGAAAGCUUUUCAAAUGAAAGCCAGUAGUGAAGAUGAUGAGCACAAGAGUGUUCUUAGUAAAGGUGUCCGAGUGAAAGAAGAAACUCAUAUAACUACUACAACCAGAAUGGUUUACCAUAAGCCUCCGUGCACUGAGAGUUCUUCAGAAAGAAUUGAGGAAACCAUGUCUGUCCAUGAUAUAAUGAAAGCUUUUCAGUCAGGACGUGACCCUUCCAAAGAGUUGGCAGGUCUGUUUGAACAUAAGUCUUCAGUAACACCAGAUGCUAGCAAGUCUACUGAAAUUUCUCCACAACUUACAGAGAAGGACAGCAAAAUGAAACCCAAACUGGAGCGUAUAAUAGAGGUCCAUAUUGAAAAAGGUAAUGAGGCUGAACCUACUGAAGUCAUUAUUAGAGAAACAAAAAAGCAUCCUGAGAAAGAAAUGUAUGUUUAUCAGAAAGACUUGCCUCGAGGUGAUUUGGAAAAACAUGAGGCUCUUCCUUGUUCCGAUGAACAAGGUCAGCAAGAAGAAGAAGAACUUACAGCAGAAGAGUCACUUCCUUCUUAUCUGGAGUCUUCUAGAGUAAACACUCCAGUGUCUCAGGAAGAGGACAGUCGCCCUAGUUCUGCCCAACUUAUGUCUGAUGACUCGUACAAAACACUGAAGCUUUUGAGUCAACAUUCAGUAGAGUACCAUGAUGAUGAGUUGUCAGAACUAAGAGGGGAGUCUUACAGGUUUGCUGAGAAAAUGCUUCUCUCAGAAAAGCUAGAUGUGUCUCAGUCUGAUACUGAGGAGUCAGUUACUGACCAUAUCCUACCCCUUAGCUCAGACUCACAGGGGCCUGAUAAACGAUGCAGAGACAAAAUAGCCACAGCCCCCCCAAAAGAAAUCCUCACCAAAAUCUCUAAAGAUAUAUCAGAAAAUGGUGUAGGUAAAGGGUCUAAGGAUGACCAUUAUGAUAAAGUGACAGUGUUACAUUAUACCGGAGAUGUUAGUAGUCCAAAGCACGCAAUGUGGAUGCGUUUUACUGAGAACAGAUUAGACAGAGGUAGAGAAAAGUUGAUGUAUGAAGACAGGGUGGACAGGACUGUUAAGGAAGCAGAAGAAAAGCUGACAGAAGUAUCACAGUUCUUCCGGGACAAAACAGAAAAAUUGAAUGAUGAACUGCAAUCUCCCGAGAAAAAGCAAAAUAAAAGACAUGAGAAAGAUGCUCAAUCUGGCCACAGAUCAACUAGCAGCAGCCCUGAGAAAGGGACAGUUUCUGACUUCCAGAGUUCAAAGGAUGACUGGACUAGAGAAGGGCCCUACAGCUAUGGUGGAAAGGGCUUCCCAAAAAGUGAUGAAAGAAAAGCAGCAAGUUUGCCAAGUAGCCCUGAGAGAAGAGCUCUCCUGCAACAGACUGAGGAGUGUAAGCAGUUGAGAGAACAAAAAGGAACUGCUCAGAAGAGUAGGACACCUGAGGCUUUGCCGACUGGAUUUCAACUGAAACAGUCGAAACUCAGUUCUAUUAGGCUUAAGUUUGAACAGAGCAUAGGCUCAAAGAAUAAGGAGCUGCUUCAAGAGGAUAAAAAGCAAGAUCCACAGUCUAAAAUCCCAGUGAAAAGAUUACAAGACAGCAAGCUCCCAGUCUAUCAAUUUUAUGCAAGAGAAAAGCAUGCAAAAGAGGUUGACCUUGCUGAUGGGAAUCUAACACUACAAAGAGAACCUUCUGCCAGCAAAUUAAAAGAAGGCAUCCAGGGUAAAGGCAAAGCUACGGAAGAUGCUUCUUUGUCAGAUGUACUCAAACACAGAAGUGAAGUUCCAAGUAACAAUGUUUCAGAUGCCUCUGCAGAGCGGAAGGUGAAAGGUUUGGCAUACAGCACAAGUUCUGAUACAGCACUAGACAAUGAGCAUUGGGAUCAGAAGAUCUAUAGAACAUGGGAAAGUCCUGGGACCUCUGCCCACAAAACACAAAAAGAAAAGCUUUCCCAUGUACUGGUCCAGGAUGUAGUGAAAGAAAAUCACAUUGACCAUCCUGAGACAAAAGAUAGGGGCAAAGACAGUGAGCUUAUCGCUGUUGCAGCAAAUGGAUCCUGUUCAAAAGAGGUGAAGGAAGUGACUGUAAAAUCUCCAUCCAAAAAAGUCCUUUAUCGAGAAUAUCUUGUCAGAGAAGGGGAAUGCCCUGGUGAAAUGAUGGAUAAAACUUUAAAGAAAAAAGAAUCAUUGACUACAUCCCACAUUCCAGUCAGAAUUUCUGAAGAAAAAAGAAUGUUAUCAGCUGGCAUUCUUGAUGGGAUUCAAGAACAAAUAAAAACUGCAGGACAUGAACUGCCAGCUAAAGUGUCCCAUGCCAGUAUGGCCAAGGAAAGAGCUGCAAGACACUUUGAAUAUACAGAGCAUGAUAAAAAUAUGUAUUCAGAAUUUUGUCUGGCUAGCAGCAGGCAACAUGGUUACACCAAAUUAAGUCCUCCUGUGGAGGAUACAGAAUUGUCCCCUAGCAAAUCACCUGAUUCUUUAGAAAUUAGCCCAGGAAAAGAGUCUCCCUCAAGGGACUUAGAUCCCAUUCAUGGUGAUACUUUUGUGAAAUCUGCCCCUUUGGCAAAAGCUGAAGGAACAAAAGAGAUAAAAACCUUGCCCGUUUAUGUUAGCUUUGUUCAAGUAGGGAGGCAGUAUGAAAGGGAAGUGCAACAAGGAAGUAUUAAAAAAAUUGUAAGUCAAGAAAGUAAAACAGUACAAGAGACAAGGGGGGGCUUUUAUACCACUAGGCAGCAGAAGCAGCUUCCUUCUCCUCAAGGUAGUCCAGAAGAUGACACAUUAGAGCAGGUAUCCUUCAUGGAUAGCUCUGGGAAAAGCCCAUUAACACCUGAGACACCUAGUUCAGAAGAAGUGAGUUACGAGUUUACAUCUAAAACACCAGACUCACUAAUAGCUUAUAUCCCAGGUAAACCCAGCCCUAUCCCAGAGGUUUCUGAAGAAUCGGAGGAGGAGGCAGAAGCUAGAUCAACUUCUGUAAAACAGGCUACAAUUGAGCCACCAAAAAUUGAGAAAGUGUUGCCUAGUAUAGACAGGGAUUCUAAUAAAAGACCCAAGGGGAACAGGGUUGCUUACAUUGAGUUCCCACCUCCUCCUCCAUUAGAUGCUGAUCAAACAGAAUCAGAAAAGCUUCGCCAUUCCUCUGAGAGUGAGAUGGAGUUGACAGAAGUAAACUUACAGGAUGAGCAUGACAAAUGUCAUCUUGCUGAACCAGUCAUAAGAGUGCAGCCACCUUCUCCAAUCCCUCCAGGAGAAGAUGUCAGUGACUCUAGUGAUGAUGAAUCCCUAUAUCAACCCAUUCCAAUUAAAAGAUACAUGUUUAAACUAAAUGACGCUGAAGAUGACCAUAAGGAAGCCAUCAAACAAAAAUCAUCUGAAAAGAGAGAGACUGGGAAGUCUAAUGAGUUUGAUCUUGGCCUUGAUUCUCCCCAGAAUGAUAUUGCACAAAAUGGAAACAAUGACCAGUCUAUCACAGAGUGUUCCAUAGCAACCACUGCAGAAUUCUCCCAUGAUACAGAUGCAACUGAAAUCGAUUCUCUUGAUGGGUAUGAUCUUCAAGAUGAAGAUGAUGGCCUGACUGAAAGUGAUUCCAAACUUGCAGGUCCAGCAGUAGAAAUAAAAAAGGACAUCUGGGCUACAGAAGGCAUUUUGAAACAGACUGACCGGUGUUUUAGCCAAAGCAAGCUGGAAGUUAUUGAGGAGGAGGAAAAAAUCAGCACGGAAGAAAACAAGCUGUUAUCAAAAUGUCCAGCAGCUGAAAAAAGUGCCACUAAGACUGAACAAAAGUCAGGGGCACAUUUUUUUACUCUAGAAGGCAGGCAUCCUGACAGGACUGUGUUUCCUGACACAUAUUUCAGUUACAAAGUAGAUGAAGAGUUUGCAACCCCUUUUAAGACAGUAGCCACAAAAAGCCUAGAUUUUGACCCUUGGCCCAAUAAUCGUGGUGAUGAUGAAGUUUUUGAGUCCAAAUCUAAGGAAGAUGAGUCUAAACCUUUUGGCCUUGCUGUAGAAGACAGAUCUCAAGCAACAACCCCAGAUACGACUCCAGCCCGAACUCCAACUGAUGAAAGUACACCUACUAGUGAGCCCAACCCCUUCCCAUUUCAUGAAGGGAAGAUGUUUGAGAUGACUCGCAGUGGCGCAAUUGACAUGAGCAAGAGGGAUUUUGUUGAAGAAAGACUCCAAUUUUUUCAGAUUGGUGAGCAUACUUCUGAAGGGAAGUCAGGGGACAAGGGGGAAGGGGAUAAAAAUAAAGUCACUGCCAUCACACAGCCACAGUCAGGGGACAAAACUGUAGAAAAAAACAUAGAGAGAGAAGUAGAAACACCAGCAGUUGAACAUAAGCUCAUCAUCCAGGCCAGUGGAGAUUGUCUGGAAGCAACAUCGAGUAGUAACUCACCGGAGAAAUCAUCAGCCACUCUUAAUGCUUCUAAAGUUGACCCCAAAUUGCGUGCACCUAUUAAAAUGGGGAUUUCUGCUUCCACCAUGACAUUGAAGAAAGAUAUCUCUGGAGAAGUGACAGAUAAGAUAGAGGCUGUGAUGCCAGGUGCUCAGGGGUUAGAAUAUGAACCCAUAGAGGAGGUUACAAGUACAACUAUGAUUAGCCAACCAAGUGUUAGGGAAGCAGAAAAGCAUGAUUUCCAAAAAGAUAAUUUUAAUAACAACAACAAUUUGGAUCCAUCCACCAUACCUACCAAUAGUGUAACCCGUAAAAUAGUACUAAAUGAACAUUUUGAGCCAAAGUGUCCCAAGCAGAAAGCUAAUCCAGUGAAAACCACUUCAGGAAAUGGUACAGGUGCAGCACAUGGACACUGUAAACAAAAAAUAAAUGGAGAACAGAAGUCAUCAGAGGCUGUAGGGAAUAGAUCAAGAUCAAAACUUCCCAUAAAGGCUACUUCAGCAAAAGAAGCCAUCCCACAUAGCAGUAGCCAAGCCUCUAGAGCAAGUAAAGUCAGACAGGAUAGUAAAGCUGACAAAAGAAAACAAAGCAGCUCAUCUCCACAUGUAGAUGUAAGGUCUAAGAUUCCUGUAAAAAAUACACAAAGGCAUAAUUUAGCCAUAGCUAGAAAAACCUCAGCAGCUCAAAACCGAGAGCAGGUAGAGAGAAGCAAUGCCAAACCACUUCCUUCUAAAUUACCAUUAAAGGUAAGAUCCACUACCACAUCAAACACUGCAGCAGCAACAGUUAAAGUAAAGCAAAGUCAGCUUAGGGAGGUAUGUAAACAUUCUAUUGAAUAUUUUAAGGGAAUUAGUGGUGAGGCUUUAAAGCUGGUGGACCGUCUGUCCGAUGAAGAUAAAAAGAUGCAGUCCGAGGUGUCCAUUGAUGAUGAUGAAGAAGAAGAUGAAGACAGUACAUCAAGGAACACGUCCUUAUCCGAAGCCACUCAAGUUUUCCAGCCUUCCAUUACAACGAAGCCUGCUAGAGAUAUGAAAACAGAGGCAGCAUCUUUAAAAUCAAAGAUUGAAAAAUCCGACAGUGAGAGGAGGAGGAGGAGUAAGAGGAGGACUGGUCCACAGAGUCCAUGUGAACGAACAGAUAUAAGGAUGGCAAUAGUGGCUGAUCACUUGGGACUUAGCUGGACAGAACUGGCAAGAGAGCUGAAUUUCUCUGUUGAUGAAAUUAACCAAAUCAGGGUGGAAAACCCAAACUCUUUGAUUGCUCAGAGCUUCAUGUUAUUAAAGAAAUGGGUCACAAGAGAUGGAAAAAAUGCUACAACUGAUGCCUUAACUUCUGUAUUGACAAAAAUCAAUCGGAUUGACAUUGUGACCUUGUUGGAAGGACCAAUAUUUGAUUAUGGAAACAUUUCAGGCACCAGGAGCUUUGCAGAUGAAAAUAACAUUUUCCAUGAUCCUGUUGAUGGUUGGCAGACUGAGACCUCCAGCAUCAAUGUGGAACCACCAAUGCCAGGACGCAGAAUAAGUGGUGACUUGCUGGAUCGGCUAGAUGACAGCCCUGACCAAUGUAGAGAGUCUAUUACCUCAUACCUGAAAGGAGAAGCAGGAAAACUGGAAACCAAUGGCAGUUACUCAGAAUCUGCAACGGAAGUAAAGACUAAGCCUUUUGCUCAGGAGUCUGUGAACAAUCUAGGAAAACAAAGUGACAAGGAAACUGUGAAACCAAAAAUGCAAAGUGCUCUCCGAACUGAGCAGCAAAUGCUCUCAUUGAUCUCACAUCAGAAAUCUUUGCAAGAAUCUAGCAAGCCAGCAGUUGAUGCACCUAAAACCUCUGUGCCUGUCAGCAUGAAAAAGACAAGCUGGAAUACUUCCGAGGACAGCAAAAUGAGACCAAAAGCCCAGGAAGAAGAGGGAGCAACAUCCUCUGAACAAAAGAUUCAUGUUUGUCUUUUAAAUGAGCUGGUAAAAUGUACUAAAAACUGCAUUUAUCAGGAGUUUAGUGAGAGUGACAGUGACAGUGACAUUGUGAUUGAGAGUGAUUCAAGCUCAGAUGAAGAACAGAGAAUAACCACGAGGGUGUAUCGCCGACGUUUGAUUCUGAAGGGUGAGGAAGCAAAAAACAUUCCUGGUGAAUCUGUUACAGAAGAACAGUUUACUGAUGAAGAAGGCAACACCGUCACUCGAAAAGUUACCCGGAAAGUAUUAAGACGUGUUGUUAUCCCACAUGAGAAAAAACAUGGUGACAUGCAGGGAGAAGCGUAUAAAGUGAAGACAAAGAAGGAAGUCCGGCACAUGGAGAAGACAACAUACUCAUAACAGCCAAACAGCAAAUGACUGUGUGUGCUUUUACUGCCAGUAUUCUAGAGAGAAACUCAAGGAAGAGAAAAAUCAACAGGAAUUAUCAAGUCACUGAUAAAAGCGUGUGUGCGUGUGUGUUUGCUGCUUCCACACAUUAACCGCAUGGUUUUUAUGUGAAGAACACAACAAAAACAAAACAAAAAAUACCAUUUAAUUUAGCAUGAACCAGUUCUACAAGAGCAUGGAAAUUCACUUUCGUUCACAGCAUUGGAGAGUGUGCAAAUGGAGGAUUGGUGCAGUGUAUAAACAAGAUGCCACACUGGAACAGCUUCCUUGAAGCAAUGUGAUGCCAUUGCAAAACAAAAGAAUUCCUGUAGCAAGAGGGGAUGUAACAACACCGAAAAAAAAUGGGUCAAACCACAGAAACACACUAAAAAUAUACUAAAAUCCACAACAGUUCGCCUUAUUUUUCUUGGACCCAAACUGUCAGGGUAAUAAAACACUCUUUUGUUUCAUUUUUUUAAAAAAAACAACAAACAUCAAUAAUUUCACUGUAAAUAUAUAACACUGUAUAAAUUCUAAGGAAAAGUAGAAUAAAUGUUGAUAAGGCACUGCCUCUUAGCUCACAAGUGGGAUAUUGCAUUCACGUUGAACAGAAAUCAGUGUCUCAAAUGCUACACCUGCUGGGGUAUUCUGGGUGUAUCUUCACAGAUUCUUGUAUAUUUAGCAAUUAUAAUGUUUGUAUAUGCAAAAACGCUAGCUUGAUUUUAAAAAAAUCUUUAAAAUCUGCUGCAAAUUUAAUGAUUCCUAAGAUGAGGAAUUCUGUAGUUCUGUGAAAAAAAUAAUUUUUUUCUUCAGAGUACUAAUAUUUUGAUGCAUGCGUCUCACCUUAUUUUGAUGAACUCUUUUUCCAGUUUUGCAAACACUAGAACGCAGAAUGACAAGUAAGAUUCUGGGGGUGCGGUCCUCCAAGCACAGCUGCUACGUCACCCCCAUUCAUUUAAAUGGGGCUGGCAGCGGGGCUCUGGCACGAGCACCACUGAAAAUGAAAGGUGGUCGUGCGGUGACGGUGCUUAGGAGAGCAUGCCCUUUACCUGUAAACACAAAGCCCUUCAUCUAAUAUUUGUUGCUGUUGCCAAUUUUUUCAAUGGAAAUGACCUAAAAUUUAAAGAAACCAUAACUUAUACAGUAGUUGCAUUAUGGGGAGGGGGGUGCUAUCUGUUCUUGCUUUAUACCAGGGGAAAAUGCUUGCAGCUUUUAGAAGUGGGUUGGGUGCUCUUGUAAGCACAAGUUUGGGAUAUUUAAAAAAAAAAGAAUUGAAGAGAUUUUCUUAGCUAACAGACUGGCAGCACGCUGUAAAAAUAUUACUGUAUUGUGUACUGGCUCUAAGAUGUAGAAUCUUUAAGUAAGCCAAUCAUCUGUAAUCAUCCUAGCAGUGUAAUAUUAGGUUGUUAAGGCUGCUGUGUUUUAAAGGGCAUUUUUAUUUGGGGUUUUGGUGAAAUACUUUAAUUUGUUAAUUAUCUUCAUAUGAAAGCAGGAUUCAUUGAUAAUAGCUCUAAUUACAUAUGUAUGAAAAAAAACACAAACACUGGAUGAUCUAGUUGAUUAUUUAAGCAUAAAAUAAAUUGUGUUAAAACUCUUCA